AUGGCGAGACGAGUAACCUUCUUGUUGUUCAAUGAGGUGGACCAGAGUUACCAGAUUUGUAAUAACAUUUCCAACAUAGGGCGUCCGUUCAAAUUUGAUGAAACUGUUACUCAGCCUUCAACUAACACAACCCAAAACCUGAAACGGAAAUCAAUAUUGAAAGAAUCCAGUGAAUCAGUUAAAUAUAAUGAACGAGAGAAUCCAGCAUUAACAGUCAACAUGAACGAAAAAACAUACAACUCAUCUUCGUCAAAACGUCUGUCCAACAUCAUUAGUAAAAGAAGAAACAGCCUAAACAGUUCGCUACUGAGAUGUUUACUCGUUAACACAAGCGAUGGAAAGGAAGAGAGCGACGAUGGCAUCGAGGAAAUAACCUUUCCACUUCCUGAAGAGAAUAUCAAAACUGAAACUGGUUGUUCAUCGAACUUUUCAGCUGAAACCGACGCUACACCAAUUCCGAGCAUUUCUUUCACAAAUCUAGACAUAUUUGUAAAUAUGAAGUACAUAGAUGAGGACGAAGAUGAAGAAAACGUUGAAAAUGUUCAAAGUAGUACAGAACUUAAAUCACAAAUCAUUUUAACAGACAAUUUGGUCGAUCGUGGCAUCGACCUCACUAGCGACACCACACCACAAAAAAGCAAAUCAACAUCACUCGAAGCAUCCGCAAACGAACUGAGCAACUAUUUCAGCGAUUCUUCUAAUGCAUCAACACUUUCUUCAGUGACCUUUCCAAGCACCAACACUUGGAAAAUUUCUCCGGUCAUCAAUUGCAUUAGAUCAAAAACAGAUUGUGACGAAGUUAAUUGUUACCUAUGUUAUAGUUCAACUGACGUUAUCUGCACAUCUCAUGAGUUACAUUUCAAAUGUCCUUGCUGUUCAGUUGUUAAAACAUUGCAACCUGGACUCAAUUAUUACUACUUUUUGAAACACAUCUUCAACGAAGAUCAUCCUCAUAAGAUAAUGCAACAACUCAAAAACUGCAUUUGUCCAUCGGUUGAGGAAACCAAUGAAACCAUGAAAAGAAAAAAUUCACUGCCCAUAAUGGCAAAAUCUCUUGUUUGUCGAUUGGGACGGUUAACAAAGCAAACCAAUUUAGAUGUUGAGACUUUCCCUAAGCAAUGCGUUUUAUGA